GGGGAAAGGAGAAAGGGAAAGCGAAGAGGAAGGGAAAUGGAAAGGAGGGGGGAGGUUGCCGUACUUUUUCAUGAAAAGACAGUGGCAAAUGUGUGACCAUCUUUAAAAGAAGUUUCCUGAAGACCGAGAGAGAAAGAAGUCCAAAAAAGGAAAGUAAAAGGCUAUGUUUUCCUUGUCCUGCUGUUUUGUCUCUGUCUCCCUCUGUCUCUGGAAGAUUACUCACAGGACACAAAGAUGCCGAGCUGGUCUCUGCAUGCACAAGUUCAGUUCAGCUGGUGCUUCUCUCCUGUUUAGCUCGACAGGUUUCUCUGAAGGGGUGGACUUACAGGCUGACAGCCCUUUAGUAUAACCUGAAGAGUGUGUGCCACCUCUCUGCCCAUCCCCAAAGCUUGCUGGAGGUGGAGGUGAGAGGAAAAUACUUGAAAGUGCCAAGGAGCUCCUGAUGCCAAAAGACGACAAAUAUUCUCGUGGGUGAAGUAGAACAGAGAGAGAAGACUGAUUUAUUGCUGUUUUCCGUAGUAGUUUCCUCCCUUUUGGUGAAAACCCGUGUUUGGAGAUCUUUGAAAACACAAAACAAAAUACCAACCUCGAAGCCCCAGCCCUGUGGUUAGCUCUUAUGGGAAUGAAACACUCCUCCCGCUGCCUGCUCCUGAGGAGGAAAAUGGCGGAGAACGGUGCCGAAAGUACUGAGUCCUAAGGAAUCUCCUCCAGUCAACAUGAUCAAAAACUACAGAAUGGUCCUGCAGUGACGUUGGCCAACACCCUCAGCACUUGUUGAUACAUUCUGUCAGGCUCCAUGGAUGUAUGUUUGCCCUGUCCCAUCCCAGACUCCUCAGCCUACUGUUGUUCCAAAGCCAGUUCAGUCUGUCAUACAUGUCCCAUUGCAACCAGGCUGCCCAGGACGAGGCAAAAUGGCAAAGUUUCUCAGUCCAGAAGAGAUGACAUCCAGGGAUUAUUACUUUGAUUCCUAUGCUCAUUUCGGAAUUCAUGAGGAAAUGUUAAAGGAUGAAGUGCGUACAUUAACUUAUAGAAACUCAAUGUAUCACAACAAACAUGUUUUUAAAGACAAGAUUGUCCUUGAUGUUGGAAGUGGCACAGGAAUCCUCUCCAUGUUUGCUGCGAAGGCAGGAGCCAAGAAGGUAUAUGGGAUUGAAUGUUCAAGUAUAUCUGACUACUCUGAAAAAAUUAUCAAGGCCAACCAUUUGGACAAUAUAAUCACAAUAUUUAAAGGUAAAGUGGAAGAAGUUGAAUUACCUGUGGAUAAAGUAGACAUCAUUAUCAGCGAGUGGAUGGGUUAUUGUCUUUUCUAUGAGUCAAUGUUAAACACAGUCAUCUUCGCACGAGAUAAAUGGCUGAAACCAGGAGGGCUAAUGUUUCCAGACCGAGCUGCUUUGUACGUGGUAGCAAUUGAAGACAGACAGUAUAAGGACUUCAAAAUUCACUGGUGGGAGAAUGUGUACGGCUUUGACAUGACCUGUAUUAGGGAUGUUGCCAUGAAGGAGCCUUUGGUGGACAUAGUAGAUCCAAAGCAAGUGGUGACCAAUGCCUGUUUAAUAAAGGAAGUAGAUAUUUAUACAGUGAAGACUGAAGAACUGGCAUUUACUUCAGCAUUCUGCCUCCAAAUUCAGCGUAAUGAUUACAUUCAUGCAUUGGUCACCUAUUUUAAUAUUGAAUUUACAAAGUGCCACAAGAAGAUGGGAUUUUCUACAGCACCUGAUGCUCCCUAUACUCACUGGAAGCAAACUGUCUUCUACCUAGAGGACUACUUAACUGUGAGACGAGGAGAAGAAAUCUAUGGGACAAUAUCCAUGAAACCAAAUGCAAAAAAUGUGCGCGACCUGGAUUUCACCAUAGACUUGGAUUUUAAAGGACAGCUAUGUGAAGCAUCAGUAUCUAAUGACUACAAAAUGCGCUAGCAAGAAACCUUUCAGAGAGAUUAAAUGAAUUCUAUCAAGUCCUGAGCUGCUGAACUUCAAGCUAGGAACAAGUGUUUGCACGAUUACUAUAUUAAACAUUAGAAUGUUUACUCCAGUGGAAAGUGGUAACCUGAUCCUUCUUGCAGAUGGUAUAGAGGGCUGGGAUCCCACUGUGAAUGUACAGUAUACAGAACUGCAGCUUUUGUCAAAAAUAUAGGGAAAACAAAGAACAGACUUGAGUGUUCUGUUUGACUUUAGGACGGCAGAAGAUGCAUAUAAAAUUGUACUAUUUAUAAUGCAUUUCUGGUUCUUCCAAGCUUUGCAUGUUACAAGUGAUUAGGGUAGCUUCUUCAAUAUAGAAGACCACUAAAAGACAUGAUAGCUGGACUUAUGUUCAAUAUAAAUACAAUAUAAUAUAGUAUAAAAUAGUAUAUUAUAAUAUGAUAUAUAUAUUGUAUAUGAGAAAAAUGUUUAUUCAUAAUAGUUUUGUGAUUUUAAUGUGAAUUUUAAUUAUGCAGUUAUGGAAAGAUGAUGCCACUACUCUAGACAGUGAUACAUUUCAGCUCUAAUUAACUGCCCAAAUUAUAGCUUUGGGAGAUAUCCUGAGCAAAAUGUAGAUAAGAGCUGGGAGUUUGUAAAGGAUCAACAAGUAUCUCUUACAAUACCAUGUGGAAACUGUGGACCAUGUAUUCUAAGAUUCACCUUCAUAACUGGAUGUUUGUCAGAGCUUUAAAGAACAUCAGCUUUUUAUCCUUGCAAAUAUUUGUGGUGAGUUUUUAUAGUUGGAUUUUGCAUGAGACCUUCUGAAAUCAGGCAUGUAGUAUUUAAAUGUGAUGAUUGCAAAGUCUCUGAAAUGGUGGGUAAUUCAUGUUUUGUGGCCAUGUAGUUUUUGCCCAUUUGAGUUCUCUGCAAGAUUCUUAAUACAAAAUCAUUUUAAAAAUUAGGGAAUUAGUGUUUCCUUUCAUUAACGUUUCAAAUAAGCUUUAAAUUGCAAAUACUAUUCUCAAGGGUCCAAUAAUAUGCUAGGAUGAGUUAAUGUCUUUAAAUACAUAUAUAUUGCUUCCAAUAUUACUAAGGUGUUUGUAGCUUCCCCAUCCUCUUACACUCCUUGUUUUUCUUACAAAAUCUUAUGCUUAUAGGUAAAUACUGACUGUUUAUAAUUAUUUAUAUAUAUUUUUACUGUAUGAAUGUUGACCAAUUAAUCACAAGUAAUUUGUCAAAAAGUGAAUCAUCAAUACUAAAUAUGCAUCUUUCUUUGAGUCUUUAUAGUGCAGUGCACUAAAUCAUGUUCUAUCAUAUAUUGGAUGAGACUAUUUUUUUGCCUGAAAAAUCUUUUUAAUCACCUAUAAAUAAAGCUUACUUGAAUAUGCAAGCAAA